AUGGACCAGGCGUUGUACGAUGAGUUCGGCAACUACAUAGGCCCGGAGCUCAGUGGGUCGGAGAGUGAGGAAGAGGAUGAGCAGGAGGCGUCGCCCGCGCGGUCCCCCGCCGCGGCCGCGAUGAGCGAGGACGGCGACGGUGGCGACGAUGGCGAGGGCGACGACGGCCCAGGCACCGCGGUGGUCCUGCACGAGGACAAGAAGUUCUACCCGACCGCGGAGGAGGUCUACGGCCCGGGGACCGAGGCGCUCGUGAUGGAGGAGGACGCGCAGCCUAUUGAAGUACCUAUCAUUGCGCCGCCCUCUUCCAAGGUGCACGACUUGUUCGAGGAGGAGCCCCCCGCGACGACGUACUCCGCGGAGUUCCUCGCGGGUCUGAUGGGCAACGCGGACCUCGUGCGCCACGUCGCGGUAUGCGGGCACUUGCAUCACGGGAAGACCACACUCAUGGACCUGCUCGUGGAGCAGACGCACGCGGUGGCGCACGAGAUGCGCGCGAACCAGAAGCAGCUGCGCUACACGGACACGCGCGCGGACGAGCAGGCGCGCGUGAUGUCGCUCAAGACGGUGCCGAUGUCGCUGGUGCUCGAGGGCGGGAACGGCAAGCACCGGCUCUACAACCUCCUCGACGCGCCGGGGCACCCGAACUUCGCGGACGAGGCCACGGCGGCGGCGCGGCUCGCCGACGGCAUGCUGCUCGUCGUGGAUGCGGUGGAGGGCGUGAUGAUGGGCACGCGCACCGCGGUGAAGCUCGCCGUGCAAGAGGACCUCCCGGUGUGUCUGGUGGUGACCAAGGUGGACCGGCUGGCGACGGAGCUCAAGCUGCCGCCGAACGACGCGUACCACAAGCUGCGGCACACGAUCGAGGAGGUGAACAGGCUGAUCGAGGGGCUGGCGCCGGGGUCGCGGCGGGUGCGGCCGGUGGACCCCGCGAAGGGGAGCGUGUGCUUCGCCGGGGCGCUGUACGGCUUCGCGUUCACGCUGCAGUCGUUCGCGAAGCUCUACGACGACGUGCAGUGCGGCGGCGGGCGCGACGUCGACGUCCGGGCCUUCGCGAAGCGGCUCUGGGGGGACUACUUCUUCGACCCCUCCACGCGCAAGUUCCUCAAGAAGGCCCCGCCCGGUGGCCGCGACCGCUCCUUCGUCGAGUUCGUCCUCGAGCCGCUGUACAAGCUGAUCUCGCAGGUCGUGGGCGAAGACGCAAAGACGCUCCAGAGCGUGCUGUACGACGAGUUCGGCGCGUCGCUGAAGCCGUCCGAGUACCACCAGAGCUCGCGGCCGCUGCUGAAGCUGGUCGCGGCGUCGGCGUUCGGCGCGCCGACCGGCCUGGCGGACAUGAUGACGGAGCAUCUGCCGACGGCGCGCGAGGCCGCGCCGACGAAGCUCGAGAUGUGCUACACAGGCCCGCUGGACUCGGCGCUCGCCGACCACGUGCGCGCGUGCAACCCGCGCGGCCCGCUCGUGGUGCACGUGGCGAAGCUGGUGCCCAACCCCGACCAGAAGGCCUUCGGGGCGCUUGGGCGCGUGAUGUCGGGCACCGUGCAGCCAGGCGACCGCGUCAGGGUGCUCGGGGAGUCGUACUCGCCCGAGGACGAGGAGGACGCGUCCGUGCAGGAGGUGGCCGCCGUGCAGGUGCUGCAAGCGCGGUAUCGGCUGGGGAUGACCAAGGCCGGCGCCGGGAACCUCGUGCUGCUCGCGGGGGUCGACGAGACGAUAUCCAAGACGGCGACGAUCGUCUCGGACCUGCUCGACGACGAGGACGAGCCGCACAUCUUCCGCCCGCUGCGCUUCCCGACGCGGGCCACGGUGAAGAUCGCGACCGAGCCGCUGAACCCGUCGGAGCUGCCGAAGAUGGUCGACGCGCUGCGCAAGGCGGGGAAGUCGUACCCGCUGCUGUCGACGCGCGUCGAGGAGUCGGGCGAGCACACGCUGGUGGGCACGGGGGAGUUGUAUCUUGACUCGGUGAUGCGGGACAUCCGGGAGACGUUCGCGGAGGUCGAGGUGAAGGUCGCGGACCCCGUGGUGACGCUGUGCGAGACGGUCGUGGAGACGAGCAGCCUCAAGUGCUUCGCGGAGACGCCCAAUCGGAAAAACAAGAUCACCAUGAUCGCGGAGCCGCUCGACCGCGGGCUCGGCGAGGACAUCGAGGCCGGCGCCGUCGACGCGUCCUGGGGCAAGAAGAAGCUCGGGGCGUUCCUCCAGGGCAAGUACGACUGGGACCUCCUCGCGGCGCGCUCGGUGUGGGCCUUCGGCCCCGACGACCGCGGACCCAACGUCCUCCUCGACGACACGCUCCCGGGCGAGGUCGACAAGCAGCUCAUGGCCGCGGCGCGCGCGAGCGUCGUGCAGGGCUUCCGCUGGGGCGCGCGCGAGGGCCCGCUCUGCGACGAGCCCAUGCGCAACGUCAAGUUCAAACUGAUGGGCGCGCAGGUCGCGCCGGACCCGAUCUCGCGCGGCGGCGGGCAGGUCAUUCCGACCGCGCGCCGCGUGUGCUACUCGGCGUUCCUCAUGGCCACCCCGCGCCUGAUGGAGCCGGUGUACGAGGUAGAGGUGAUCUCGCCCGCGGACUGUCUGCAGACGGUGUACAGCGUGCUGGCGAAGCGGCGCGGGCACGUGACGAGCGAGGCGCCCAAGCCCGGGACGCCCGUGUUCAUCUUCAGCGCGCUGCUGCCCGUCCUGGAGAGCUUCGGCUUCGAGACUGACCUCCGCUAUCAUACCCAGGGCCAGGCGUUCUGCACGCAGCAGUUCGACCACUGGACGGUGGUGCCGGGGGACCCGCUGGACCGCACCGUCGUGCUGCGGCCGCUGGAGCCCGCGCCCGUGAACGCGCUGGCGCGGGAGCUGAUGGUGAAGACGCGGCGGCGCAAGGGGAUGAGCGAGGACGUGAGCGUGGCCAAGUUCUUCGACGACCCGAUGCUGCUGGAGCUCGCGCGGCAAGAUGCCGACCUGCACAUGCUGCUGUGA